GAACAAGUGAUUUCCAUUGGACUUUGUAGUCGCACCGGGAACAUGGCAUUGGCAAGGACGCUGUGUCUCUUAUCUGCUUUUAUAACCCUGACUUUUGCGGGUAACUGCAAGUCUGGAUUAAACUACUGUGGCUUCAAUUUGUUGGGCAUUGGAAACUAUCAGCCCCAAAUCAUCGAUGCGCUUCAAAAGGCAUCUUUAGACGCAAGCAAUAAAGGUGUAUCAACUAACACACUCUUUCACUGUGAUGGCGGAUAUAAUGGCGACAUAUCGGUUGUCAAGUUCUGUACAAACAGAUGCAUAGAUGGCGGACCUGGUAAAAGUGAUGUUUGCAACGAAGCUUCCUCUGUUGGUGCAACAAGUUCAUCGACUGUCUCGACUUCGAGUCUCUCGCAAACGAGUGGAACGACAUCUUCUACAACUACGCAAUCCACUACAGCGACAUCCACUGACACGUCUGGCGCCUCUGAUUCAACUUCAGUAAAAAAAGAUUCCGUGCACGUCGGAGCGAUUGCCGGUGGAGUAGUUGGCGGCGUGAUUGGUCUCGCGUUGAUAGGGCUGGGUUUCUUCUUUUUCGUUAGGAGAUCUCGACAGGCAAAAUCACUUGACAAAAACAAAUCAGAGCAGAAAUCAACCCAGGAAGAAUUAUUGAAGCAGUAUAACGGCCCUCAUCCGAUCCCACCAGACGGAACAGUCCUUGAGGCUCCUGGAGAUGUGGCGAGCCCUAGAUAUGAACUGUCUGGUGCCCCUGUCAAUCCCACGGGGACCAGAUAUGAACUCAGCUAGAACGCAUGACUAAUAACGCGACACUAUUUUCACUUUUUUACCGCGAUCACUUUGUUUGGCCUUUGUGAGGGAUCAUCUCUUACACAUUGCGAUUUCACUUUCCAUCCUGGGGUGCUUGUAGCCCUAAUAGUACCUCUGGCUCUGUCUAGAAGCUACAGUUUUGCCGAGACUGUUGUGGGACAUCAAACCCGAUGACGAGGAAAUGAUUGUUCAACUCACCAUCAAGAAGAAUAAGAAGGGAACAUACAAGGGGAUGCCGGUAUUAUAGAGGGGAUGGACCAAUCCGAUGAGGUUAUUGAGACCUUGAAAGAGGUGAAUGCAUAGGCCGUGUAUGAAAGAAUGCCAGGGCUGAUCCACCUGUUUGACGAAAGCCCCAAGUAUAAGUUGGAAGACAUGUAUGCAUUUAUACUCACACAUAUGCAGUGAUGUCGCAGUGGGAAGAAUCGAUAGUCGAUAUCGACUGUCUGAAUGAGGUUUUAAUAUUUUCCAACACAUAAAUGAAGGAGUUGCUAUCAUUA